UUACAAACCAAAUGAAGCAGAAAGUGUGGUUGGACAUCACCGCAAAGGUGAAUGCCGUGGGUGUGGCUUACCGCACUGUGGAAGAGGUCAGGGUUAAAUGGAAGGCGCUGUUCAGCGUGGCAAAAAAGGAAUACUCCGUUGCCAAGAAGGGAAAGCGGCAGACUGGCGGGGGUCCGCCGCCGAAGGGGCCCUCCGAAAUAAGCAAGCAAAUAGUGGAGGUUUAUGACAACACGCCGGGGUUCUCCGGGAUCGAAGGAGGGUUCGAGACAGGAGAAAAUAUCUACCAAGAACUGCUGGAAACAUCAGAAGAUGUAGUGGGUGAUGAGUUCCCCACAAUUGCAUUUGAUGAUAUUGUAGAAGAGCCAACUAUUGCUGUCCUUGCUGAAGCCCCUGUCCCUAAGAGUAAUAAGAGAAAGAAAAGUUUUAAAAUAAUGUUGACGGAUCUAGUCAGAAUGGCAUGGCAAUGAAAAUCAAACAAGCAAGUGUAAAUAUAAAGCAAAGUCUCCAAGAGAGUGAAGUCUACAAGACACUUCACAGGAUGACAUCUUCCAUUUAAAAA